AUGGCAUCUAUAGGUGGCCGCAGGAGCGCCGCCACCGGGCUGGAGGCUGGGCGGCUGCAGCGUCUGCUGCCGCUGCUGGGCCGCCUGCAUGAGACGCAGCCCGGGGACCCGCGCCACCCGGACCCCCGCCUGCGGGAGCUGCACGGCGCGCUCGAGCUGGCCGCCCAGCGAGACACGCCCGCUGCUGGCGAAGCGCCCUACCACGUCACACGCCUCAUGCGUCAGUUGACGCCGAAGUGCGAGCAGAUGAUGGUGCGCUGCAGCUGGCUGGGCCACACGCGGCCCUGCGGGGAGCUGUUCAAGCUGCGCAAGACGUGCGACGGCUACUGCUGCAUCUUCAACUACCGGCGCACGGGGGAUCGCCUCGGGAAGGGGUCAGCGCGGAUACGAAAGGUACUACGUGUGAACGCAACGGGGCCUUACAUGGGUCUCACGGUGCUGGUCGACACCAUGACGCACGAUUAUGUAUACCCACUCAUCGCCACCCGUGGCCUCAAGCUGCUGCUGUUCAAGCCCGGCGACUUCGCGGACGCGUCGAGCGGCGGCCUGAUGGAGAAGCUCCUGGGACCGCGCCGUGAGUUCUUCAUCCGGCUGUCGGCGCAGACCGUGGCCGCCACGAGCGAGGUGCGCUCCUUCAGCCCUCAGAAGCGCCGCUGCCUCUUCGAGGACGAGCUGCAGGAGCGCCUGGGCAUGGACUACUCGCAGAGCGACUGCCUCGUCAGCUGCCGCAUCAGGUCCAUCGCCACGCUGUGCCGCUGUCGGCCGUUCUACCUGCCGGACACAGUGGAAAUACGUGUGUGCAACUUGCAAGAUAUCGACUGUCUCACGAAAUACGAAGAGAAGUGGGCAACGCUGCGGCCGCCAGACGGCAUCCCCGGGCUGGAGCUGGAGCGCGAGGAGUCCAUCGAGUGCCCUGAGUGCCUGCCCUCGUGCAGCGACGUCCACUACACCAUCAGGGCCAACUCCGCGCCCUUCGCGCCACCCAACGGGCUCGACACUUCACAUCCACUCCUUGACGGCGUGGAACUGGGCAACCACAGCAUCGUCAACUUGUAUUUCGAACGCGCCGACUCCGUCCUUCUGCGUCAAGAUGUCCUGUACUACUGGUACGACCUACUGAGUAAGUAG